CCCCUAACUAACCCCUCCUUCCUGUGUGCUGCGAACGCGCCCGCGGCCCCGCCCCCAGUGGCCCAGGCCCCGCCCCUCACGUGUGUCUGGAUUCGGCAGUGUCAAUAAAGUUGCAGCGUUUGGGCGCUUGCGGCGGACAAGAUGGCGGCCUCCAUGCUGGGCUCGCUGCUGCGGACGUUCCGGCAGAUGGUUCCUUCAUCAGCUUCAGGCCAAGUUCGAGGUUACUACGUAGACUGGAGAAUGUUGCGUGAUGUGAAGAGACGAAAAAUGGCCUAUGAAUAUGCAGAUCAGAGGCUACGCAUCAAUUCGCUCCGGAAGAAUACAAUCUUGCCAAAAAUUCUUCAGGAAGUGGCCGAUGAAGAAAUUGCUGCCCUUCCACGGGAUAGCUGUCCCGUUAGAAUCAGAAACCGGUGUGUCAUGACAUCCCGUCCACGUGGUGUAAAGCGGCGCUGGAGGCUUAGUCGUAUCGUCUUCCGUCAUUUAGCCGACCACGGGCAACUUUCUGGGGUCCAGCGAGCAAUAUGGUAAAUCAGCUCCAGAACCUACUGAGCUUGCAGGGAAGCCAGUUCUGGCAAGAAGAGACUUUUCUAAUAGACAAAAUCCUACUCUUUAUAGGGGCCUAGUAUAGUUGUCUAGUCUACCUGAUGCUGUCUAUAGUUAAAUUGCUUCUAAAUUUUAAAUGAAGAGAUGUGGAUGUUUCAU